GCCGAACCUCCAUCUAUCGGCCAUUUUCAAAGGCGUUGGAAUUUUCUGUAUUGGACGGUGUUCGAUAAUUACUGUUAUGGAAUUUCGACUACACCAGCAGAGUUAUUGAUAGAGCAAGAACAUUGUUGGUGAAAGUUAAGAAAAACUAACUUAGUGAUCAUUGCGGAGAACGAAGAGAGUAAUUAUCAUAUUAGGAAUAUUCGUGAUCUCGCUUAACAUCAAUGGCAACGAUUGGAGAACCUCUCACAUUAGCCAGGGAUGUUAAAAGAUCGAUCGAACUUCUCGACAAACUACAAAAGAGCGGCGAAGUACCGGCUACAAAGUUAGCAGCACUGCAGAAGGUACUUCAAAGCGACUUUCUCAAUGCAGUAAGAGAAGUCUAUGAACAUGUGUAUGAGACCGUUGAUAUUCAGGGUUCUCAAGAUGUGCGUGCUUCCGCCACAGCUAAGGCAACUGUGGCUGCGUUUGCAGCUAGUGAAGGACAUGCCCAUCCGCGAGUUGUCGAAUUGCCAAAAACAGAGGAGGGUCUUGGAUUCAACGUAAUGGGAGGAAAAGAGCAAAACUGGCCUAUAUAUAUAUCUAGAAUUAUUCCAGGGGGUGUGGCUGACAGACACGGUGGUUUGAAACGUGGUGAUCAGCUACUCUCUGUUAACGGCGUGUGUGUUGAAGGCGAGAAUCAUGAUAAACCUGUGGAAUUACUGAAACAAGCCCAAAACUCAGUGAAGUUAGUUGUUCGGUAUACUCCUCGUCUUCUGGAAGAAAUGGAAUCGCGGUAUGACAAACUAGGGGCUGCACGUAGGCGCCAACGUGUGCAAUAGACUUGAAUGAUUAUUUUUGUUAAUACAUAUAUAGAAUUUAUGAGUAACUGAUAUAGGUACAAUGUAAUGUUAUUUCUAUUCAUUAUUAUACUUUCAAGCGACGAAUCAAUAUAUGGCUUACUUAUCUUGUAAUUCAUUACCUAGAAAUAAUUUGUGUAGGACGAUCUACAAUAACAACAUUAUCAGUAUUUUUUAAUGAGCCAAUUAAAACUGAUUCAAAAUAUAAAUCAAUCCAAUUACAA